AUGCAACAAGGUGGACAAAGUAUUGUCGAUCGACUUUUAGCUGCAAAAAAUACAAUAUCUGGACAACUUGUAGCUAAAGUUGUAUGUAAAGCAACAACAGAAGAAAUUAUGGGACCCAAACGAAAACAUCUUGAUUUUCUUUUACAAGCAACACAUGAAAUGAAUGUUUCAAUUCCUGAAACUGCUGAUCUUUUAAUUGAACGUUCACAAAAUUCUUCAUGGGUUGUUUCAUUUAAAUCAUUAAUUACAAUUCAUCAUUUAAUGUCAUAUGGAAAUGAACGUUUUGAAGCUUAUAUGGCAUCACAUUAUUAUAAUUUACAACCAGCUGUUAUGAUUGAUCGUAUAGGAAUACCUAGUAGUGAUAUGUUAAUGUAUAUUCGUCGAUAUGCUGAUUAUUUAAAUGAAAAACGUGAAGCUUAUAAAUUAAUGGGUUAUGAUUUUUGUAAAAUAAAACGAGGAAAAGAUGAUGGACUUCUUCGAACAAUGCCUAUUGACAAGUUAUUUAAAGCUUUACCUUUGCUUCAAAAACAAAUUGAUGCUAUACUUCAUUUUGAUAUUACACCUAAUCAGUUGACGAAUGGUGUUAUAUAUAGUUGUUUUUUUCUUCUUAUCAAAGAUCUUAUAUAUCUAUAUGCUGCUUUUAAUGAAGGAAUAAUUAAUUUACUUGAAAAAUAUUUUAAUAUGAAUAAAAAACAAUGUCGUGAAGCACUUGAUAUGUAUAAAAAAUUUCUCGAUCGAACAGAUCAAGUAUCUCAAUAUUUUAAAAUAAGUGAACGUUAUGAACAAUUAUUUGAUCGAUGUUUUUGGGAAGGGCCGUCUGGCAUGGAUCGUAGUGAAAUUGCUGAUUUAGCUCGGGAUAUCGGGAAAAAUAAAGCUCCAAAUAGUCUUUUAGAAUCAUUGGAAAAUCAUUUAGCUUAUCUCGAAGGUAAAAAGCCAUCAUCACAAUCAUUAGUCUCAAAAAAUUCAACAGAACAAGAUAAAAAGAGUUUUUCACAUGACUUUAUUGCUCACGUGAAUGAUGAUUCGCAAAAAAUUCUUCAAGAAGAAGCGAAAGCAUUAGCAAAAUUUAAUAUAAAAAAAGAAGCUUCAUCUCCACCAUCACCAUCACCAUCACCACCACCACCAGUUCCUACUCAAACAACAAUAACGACAAAUGAAAAUGUCUUUGAUAAUCCAAAUUUCUUUUCUCAACAACAAUCAUUCACUGAUGAUAUAUUUUCAUUGGCUACACCAUCAUCUCAAACAAAUAUAAAUACAUUUCCUGCAUUUCAAAAUGUUCUUGAUACAUCGACAUCAAAACCACAUGUUUUUGGUGAUGUUCUUCAACCAACUUCGAUAUCAACAAAUAAAAAUACUAAUUCAAUUCCAUUACUGACAAAUAAUCAAAAGAUUCCAACAGUUACUAAAUCAUUUCAAUCAGGUGAUAUUAAUUCAUCACUUAAUCAAUUAAUUGAUCAUCUUAAUAUAAAAGAUCAUACAAAAAUUGGAAAAGAUCAUCAAUGGACAGAAAAUGAUGCAAAAAAUCAACAAAUAAUUGGUCUACCUGCAGGAACUACAAAUACACCUGGAACAACAUGGCCAAAUCCUUCGACAAUGAGUACACCGUUUAAUAGUAUGACUGUUCAAUCAAGUACUAUGUGGCAACAACCACCAUCUACAUCUUUGAUGAAUAAUCCUUUUGCUGUAUCUAGUGGAUCAUUACAAAUGAAUUUCAAUAGUAUAAAUAAUCAACCAACAACAAAUGUUAAUACAAAUCCAUUUGCUGCUCAAGCAUUCUAUGACACUAUUGAGAUUAAUCAACAACAGAUAUGUAUUGAUAAAUGUUUGAAAGAAAAACCGAAUGUUUGUCCUCUAUGUCAACAUUAUCAAGAAAAACGUUGUUCACCAAUGUUUUAUGCUUUAUUAUGUAAAUUUAAAAUUGAAUGUGAAAACAAACAUAAUGGUUGUAAUGAUAUAUUGUUAUAUGAAUCACUUGAAAAACAUCAACAAGAACAAUGUCAAUAUCAAAUGAAGAUAUGUCGUGGUUGUCAAAAGAAUAUAUUAAAAAAAGAUUUAGAUCAACACGAACAAAAUUGUGGUAAAAUCAAAAUCGAAUGUAAACGAUGUAAUCUAGUUUAUAAACAGAAAGAAAAACACGAACAAUUAGAUUGUCUAAUGAAUAUGUUGGAUCGAAGUAAUAAGAAAAUUGAAUCAUUAGAAAAACUAGUUGAAAAUUUACAACAAAAUGUACAGAAACUUGAAGCUACCAUGUAUUUAGAUUUUUUGACACGCUUGCCAUUUAGUAUUGUUCAUGACGUACAAUUAUCAUCGUUGAUUUCUUUUUGGAAUAUCAUUUAUGAUUUUCCAUAUAGUCAUGUAACAACAGUCGAAGAACUACGAGCAUUAAGAUCACAAUGUAAGAAACACAUUAUUGUCGGUGCUAUACAAGGAAGCUCAUCAAUGAUAUUGAAGAUAGCAGCAAUGGGACCAUUGGAAAUUUUAUCUUUGGAUAGUCCAUUAAAUAAACCAACAAGGUAUGAUAAUGUUAAUUGGUAUUUAACACAGAAGAAAUCAUUUGGAUUUGCUCCAUCGUCAACAACUAUAAACUGUAGUUCGGCAGAUGGGGAAGAUAAAGACAAUGCAGAAAACCGAUUGAGUUGGCAUCUCAAUGGUUAUGGAGGUUACCGUGCAGGAACAGUCAAAGAUUUAAAUAAUAAUAAUGAAUGGAGAAAAAUUAUCAUGACAGAGAAGCAUUAG